AUGGCCCGCUCAAGCUUAAAGGCCUUUUCCUCUCUCUCUCUCUCUCUCUACGCUUACGCGCUCUAUGGCUACGAUAGAGUGCCAAGGGAGCUUUGGGGCAGAACGUCUCCGCCCGACCUCCCCGUCCUUGGAUGCGGACUGCGAGCAGAGACCAUAGAGUCGGCCUCCUGGAGACUAGAGCGGUACCCCGGAAAGACCACGGAGGCGGUCCGGGAGACCAGAGCGGCCCCCUCACUGACUGUCCUUACCUUCAUCUCCUUCCCUUCUCUCUUUCCUUCCAGGAACUUCACGCACAAGGCCGAGCAGAUUGCCCAGAGCCACCGCAUGAACAACCUGACCCUGAACCGUCACACGGAGAUCCUGGAAAUCCUGGAGAUCCCUCAGCUCAUGGACACCUGCGUCCGCAACAGCUACUACGAGGAGGCCCUGGAGCUGGUGGCUUAUGUCCGCCGCCUGGAGAAGAAGCACGCCACCAUCCCUGUCAUCCAGGGCAUAGUGGCAGAGGUGAGGCAGUCCACACAGCUCAUGCUGACCCAGCUGAUCCAACAGCUGCGCACCAACAUCCAGCUGCCCGCCUGCUUGCGUGUCAUUGGCUACUUGCGCUGCAUGGAUGUCUUUACGGAGGCAGAGUUGCGUGUCACCUUUCUGCAGGCACGGGAUACCUGGCUGCGUUCCAUUCUGGCCGCCAUUCCUGAUGGCGACCCUUACGUCCACAUCACCAAGACCAUCGAGGCCUGUCGCGUUCACCUCUUUGACAUCAUCACGCAGUACCGCGCCAUCUUUGCAGACGAGGAGCCCCUGGUGCCACCCCCUGGGCAGGAGGCCCUCAACGAAAGUGCCAUCUUCCAUGGGUGGGUCCUGCAGAAAGUCUCCCAGUUCCUCCUGGUGCUGGAGCAGGACUUGCAGCGUGGCGUGGGCGGCCGCCUGGACUCUCUGCUGGGCCAGUGCAUGUACUUUGGCCUCUCCUUCAGCCGAGUAGGAGCAGACUUCCGAGGGCAGCUGGUGCCCAUCUUCCAGCGGGUGGCCCUGCUCACUUUCCAGAAGGCGACGCAAGAAGCUGUGAACAAGUUCCAGGAGGAGAUGAACUCCUACACCCUUAUUUCUGCACCGGCGCUCCUGGGCGGCAGCGUCCCGGCGGCCAUGUCCUCAGCGCAGCCUGGCACCCUGCAGCCCCCCAUGGUGCUCCUCGACUUCCCGCCCCUUGCCUGCUUCCUCAACAACAUCCUGGCAGCCUUCAAUGACCUGCGUCUCUGCUGCCCUGUGGCCUUGGCACCCGAUGUGACAGCGACCCUGGAGGAGGCCCUCAGGCAGGUGGCAAAGGUCAUCCUGGCUUUCCACCAGGCGGAGGUGAUGGCGUUCAGCAGCCGUGAGCAGGGGCUCUUUGUCCAGUUCUGCACGGCCUUUCUGGAAGAUCUGGUGCCCUACCUCAACCGCUGCCUCCAGCUCCUCUUCCCCUCAGCCCAAGUUGCACAGGCUCUGGGUGUUCCUCCUCCUCAGCUCCACAAAUACGGGAACCUCUGCUGCGUGGAUGAGCAUGCCAUCCAGGAGCAACUCGCCUUGGUCCUGCCGGAGAAAGAGACUGUUCCUCCGCUGCCCGAGGAAAAAGAACUGCUCCCGGAAACCCCACCAUUCCUGUUGGACUCGGAGCCGCCCGCCUCGGAGCCGCCCGCCUCGGAGCAGGAAGCUGAGCCCAGCGUCACGGCUGCAGAAGGAAGCGAUGGCGGCACAGCUUCUGGGGAGGAAUCCUAGCUGAGAGGUCUUCUGAGUGCAGGAAAGUUCUCUCCGAGUCGGGCCUGCUCCCUGUGGUGUCUGGCGCUCAGCAGGCCUGGCUGCAAGAACUCCUUGGUGUUCUUCUGUCCCUAGGCCGGCCUGGCACUUGGCUUCCAGUUCGGCCCCUUUUAGACAUGCAUGUAGAUGACAGGGUUGGCAUGGACAGCUUUGGCAGAAAGAAAGGCGGUCCGCUCCGGAUGGCAGGAGUGCAGUUGCAGUGCUUGGCAAAGGUGGAUGGAGGUCUGAAUAAACUUGGUUGGGUUUUUCCCCCAGUUCUUUGAGGUACCUUCUGUAGUACUGAGUGUGGAGCAGGAAACACACACUUUCCCCUUCUGAUGCUUGUAGUUUUAGGCCAAGGAUGGGAAUCCUGUGAGUCCCUGACAAGUUUCCAUUGGCAGUUUGUGCAGCCACUUGGAGACCUUUUGUGACCCUCUUCCUCUGUUCUUUUUUUUUUCUUUUUUAAAAGAGAGAAAUACUUCCAGAGGCUUGUCCUGUGUGUGUUUAUGUAUGUAUGCAGAUGUGAUCAUUCUCCAGAACAAGAUACCUGUCCGCCA